GCCAAACCGAUAAGGUGAGCAUGCUUGACUAGACACAUCACCAAUAUCUUUGUGGCUACAAAAAACAAACUCAACUUCAUGAUUCUCAGUUACCAUUCCUGCUCCUUCUCUUUAACAUCUCCCCUUAAUAAAUCAUACCCCGUUCUUCCUUCUCUCAAACUAACAAAACCUUUACGCAUACACUGCACACCACCACAACAACAACACCAACAACCCUUAUCCACCAUGGAUGAUGAAAUAGCCAUUGAUCUAACCCCAAUCGUAAAAGUAUACAAAAACGGUCGUAUUGAGAGGCUUAUAGGUGAAGAGGUUGUUCCUGCAUCCCUUGAUCCAACCACCAACGUUGAAUCCAAAGAUGUUAUAAUCUCCAAAGAAGAUAACAUAUCAGCGAGGCUUUACAUUCCCAAAACCAACUACCCACCAACCCAAAAACUCCCUGUUUUUGUUUACAUCCAUGGUGGUGCUUUCUGCGUCGAAACCCCUUUCUCACCCAAUUACCAUAACUACCUUAACUCCGUUGCUUCACUGGCUAACGUAAUUGGUGUCUCUGUUCACUAUAGAAGAGCACCGGAACACCCUGUUCCUAUCGCUCAUGAAGAUUCAUGGCUUGCACUCAAAUGGGUGGCUUCACAUGUUGGUGGAAAGGGUUCUGAUGAAUGGUUGAAUCAGCAUGCAGAUUUUGAGAAAGUGUUCUUAGGUGGUGACAGUGCUGGUGCUAAUAUUGCACACUAUUUGGGUAUUCGGGUCGGAAAGGAAAAUUUGGAUGAUUUGAAACUUGAAGGGGGUGUUUUUGUUCAUCCUUAUUUUUGGGGUGUGGAUCGAAUUGGGUCUGAAUCGGCUCGAGGUGAAUUUGUUGAAAAAAUUCAUACUUUAUGGCGAUUUGCAUGUCCAACCACGACUGGAUCCGAUGACCCGUUAAUUAACCCGGAAAAGGAUCCGAAUUUGGGGAGUUUGGGUUUUAAGAGAGUGCUUGUUUGUGUAGCUGGGAAAGAUUUGUUGAAGGAUAGAGGUUGGUAUUAUAAAGAGUUACUUGAGAAAAUUGGUUGGGGUGGUGUUGUUGAUGUUGUUGAGACAAAGGAUGAGCAUCAUGUUUUUCAUAUGUUUGACCCAACAUGUGAGAAUGCUAAAAAUUUGCUUAAUCAAGUUGUUUCCUUCAUCAAAAGAACUUGAAAAUAUGAGGGUGGGAGUGAUGCUUCCUUUAUUUUGUUUUCUAUGUUCUAUUAUCAUUUUAAAUAUUUUUAUGUACUCUUUCUUGUGUGUUAAAGAAAAAAAUCCAAAAAGUUAAUAAAAUAAAAUAAAUUUUUAACAUAA